AUGGAAAGCCAUAAAAACUCAAGAAAGCUUCGUGUAGUCAUGUUCCCAUGGUUGGGUAUUAGUCACGCCACCCAAUUUCUACAUCUCUCAAACAAACUAGCCCAAAAUGGGCACCAAGUGACCGUCUUAUUGCCCCGAAAGGCGCAGCUUAAGUUGGAGUCGCUAAACCAACACCAAAACCUCAUUCACUUCUCCUCCAUUACCAUCCCCCAAGUAGAUGGCCUCCCUUCCGGCGCAGAAACCCCCUCCGACGUCCCCGUCCAACUCCACCGCUCGCUGUACACCGCCUUUGACCAGACUCGAGAUCAGAUCCUGCCCCUUUUGAUUGACCUCAAGCCUGACAUCGUUUUCUACGACUUUGCCCCUUGGAUCCCCGCCAUAACCCGGCCAAUGAACGUCAAGGCGAUUUACUACGUCGCAACUGGUGUGGCGGGCCUUGGACUCAGGCUUACCCCGGCAAGGAAGAUCUCAAAGGGAGUCACCGUGGAAGAACUAAUGCACCCACCACCGGGCUAUCCGUCUUCGUGGGUAGUCCCUGAGGAGGCCUUUCAAGCGUUGUUCCUGGCUGAAGAGCUCGGAAGCAGAAUGUCGUUCUACGACCGAAUCACUACGAGCCUAAGGGAGUGCGAUGCCAUUGCCACGAGGACAUAUCUUGAACUGGAAGGCAAGUAUUGUAACUACCUUGGGGAGCAGUACGGGAAAAGAGUGCUCUGCAGUGGACCUGUCAUGCCUCAAGCUCACGUGGAACACCUGGAAGAGAGAUGGGUUUCCUGGCUGAACAUGUUCGGGCCGAGCUCGGUUGUGUUCUGUGCUUUUGGGAGCGAGAUCAAGCUGACAAAAGAGAAGUUGCAAGAGAUACUUCUAGGGUUUGAGCUAGGCGGGCAUCCAUUCCUUGUGGCUUUGGCUACCCCACGAGGAUGCGAUCGAAUCGAAGAAGCAUUUCCAGAUGGGUUUGGGGAGAGGACCCGAGAGAGGGGCUUGGUUAGUGGGGACUGGGUGCCUCAGUCGCUGAUACUGAAACACCCAUCUGUCGGGUGCUUCGUGACUCACUGUGGGUAUGCGUCGAUGUGGGAGUCCUUGCUCAGCGACUGCAAGAUAUUGACGUUCCCGCAGAUUGCAGACCAGUUCAUGACUUCGAGGUUGCUGGUGGAUGAGUUGGGCGUUGCUGUUGAAGUGAAGAAAGAAGGGGAGAGGGAGAGUUUCCUGAGCAAGGAGAGCUUGAGUGAGGCCAUCAAGUUGGUGAUGGACAAAGAUGGUGAAGUCGCGUCGAGGCUUAAAACUAACCAUGCUAAAUUGAAGGAUGUUAUUGCUGGGGAAGGCUUGCAAGAAAAGUACAUGCGUACUUUCCUUCAGAAUCUGCAAUCCCUUGUGGGGAGUUCAAAAUCAUCGGACGCUUGA